AACGGCAUAAAUUCGAGGGAAGAUUAAAACAGGUAAAACGGUCGAACGAGGAGCAGCCACUUGGGAAUAAUUUCGAACAACGAACGCGCAAAUUUUAGGGAUAGAAGUUGAAAUAACUCUAUUAUCGGUGUUUAAAAAAUGGAGUUGUAAAAAGGAGUGACGAUCCAGGUUUGACGAUCCAAACGAGGUGGUUCGAGCGCGGAGAAUAGGAAGAGGGAUGCAGGCCGGAUUGAUCUACAGGAAGCCGUCGACGAUGAUGACGUCGAGCCAGGGCACCGGUGCCUUCGACCGAUCCGCAGCAGGGAAGGAGGAGACCGCUAACGAUAAGAGGAAAAGCGCGGAACGAGACUCGAGAGAGACGAUACACUCCGGUCAUUUCAUGGUUUCCGAUUUCGAGGCGGAGGCGCAGGACGACGAGGACGAGCUCGCCGUUCCCGUUCCGGACGAGGAAAAUGGGAAAUUGGCGAUCAUGACGCCGGUCGGCUUUUCCCUGAAAAAAUUCGUCGGCGGCGGUACCUUCGACGACAAACCGAACUCUCAACAGCUUAGCAUCGAGACGUCCUUGAACAAGCUCUUUCAAUGCAUGUCCUUGGCCUACAGACAGAAGCUGACGUCGCCCAAAUGGAAUCGCUUCAAAGGGAUCAGACUGAGAUGGAAGGAUAAGAUCAGGUUGAACAACGUCAUCUGGAGAUGCUGGCACAUGCAGUUUAUACUGAAACAAAACACGUUGGUGUGCCAGUUUGCGUCGCCCCUCGACGUCGACACUCAUAAUAAGCCGGAGGCGGUCGUCUUGGAAGGCAAAUACUGGAAACGAAAACUUGCUGCGGUUACCGCGGAAUACAAGAAAUGGCGCAUGUUCUACAGAAACAAAAUUCUUGGUUGGACGAACAAGGAUGGUACCGAGGUGAUGGAAUCGAUGGACACCCUAGAUUGGAGCAAUGGCAUGGAAACGUCGGAAAAUUUUGGCACGAGUACGGCGAACGCGUAUGGGGCCACAGGUGGUACUCACAGCGGAGAGAGUAUGAUGGUUGACGAAGACUAUAUGGAGCUUAUGACAGAUACUCUGUUCUCCACGAUUAGUUCGAAUCAACCUAUAUACUUUCCGGAUCCCAGAGAAAUCGCGCGCGGAGCGAGCCUGGCAGAUUUCAUUCAACCAAGCUUGGGGCCACUCCAACCUAAUCUAGACGAUUUUAUGGACACCCUCGAGCCUUUGCAAGAAUUCUUAAACUCCAAGUUACCGCCCGUACCGGAAGAGGAGGACAUGUUUCGAGGCGGUAGCUUAAACGCCAGUUAUCCCGAUAUCGAUCUGAUGACGCCGAUCAAUCAGAUGAACGAACUAAACGAGGAGGCAACGUCGAAGGACGAACGAUCGUCGACGGUCUUGUCCGAGGAACGGGGAAACGGCAUGCAGAAUCUUCAUUAUACCGGAAAGAUAUAUAACCAGUCCGAAGCAGCGGAGUCUAGCAGCGUUUACAGGAAUGACAUGGAUGCCGUGGAAGAAAAUUUUGAGAGGUCGACGGCGACGAGGACGACGAGGACGGCGACGACGACGACGACGACGUCGACGACGACUACGACGACUGCGACGACGACUACGACCACGACGACGACUACGACGAGUAAUGGUCAGUCCACGCGAGAAAAGAUCCGACAAGAGAAUCGUCGAUCCGGUAGAAUGAGUCGCGUGAUACAACAGACGCACCAACAGCAACACGGUCAACGAGCCGACGCGUACCGGCAGGUCGUUCAGGCCGUUCAGGCCGUGCAAAGCGUGCAAACGGUUCAACGAAAUUCGGUCUACGAGCAGCCGAGCCAGCAACAAUCGUACGCCAUGGAAGUACAAGCGGCGGUGCAAUUGGCUCCCGUCGACAAUCAAAUACAAGUCGCGACGUUGAACGAUCAGUCCGUUGUUAACGCGACACAGAUCUCCUCGAUGGCCGAGGUUCAAAAUUUGGUAACGGCCCAGCAAAACUUUGCGCAAAGUAACGCGGCGUUGCCCGGCGCCCAACAGCGGUCUAUGAGAUCGUUACCACCGACCCCUCCGAUGUCUUCGAAGCCUUAUAAGAUCGUCCAACCGCAACCGAACGCUUGUUACAAGCUGUCAAACAUCGGCCAAAACUUUAAUACUCAGCAACAAUGUAAAUUCGCCGGCAAUAAUUUCAAGACGCAUCCCGCGCAACAAGUCGUGUCGGUUCCAACGCAACAACCAACGCAAUCGCCUAUACUGUUACAGUGCAGAUCUUCCGGAUUGGAUCUUACUUUGCAACCGACGAAAUUAGUAGCACAAUCAAUCCCAACUACGUCGGAGAAGGAAGUUUUUGCGGUGCCUAAGUACCAAAUGAAGGCACGAAACAGAUCGAGAAGCAGUUCUUCCUUGAUACCGCCGAGGAUGAACCAAUUGCCCUUGGCCUCGGCAGUAAGCGACCCCGCUCUAAAUUUAAACAACAAUGUCCUGCUUGCGCACCUCCUUACGAACAAUACGUCCGGUAUAUGUACGAUGAACGCCCCGACCGACAAAAUAAUACCAACGACGAAUCAAUCUAAUACGGUGAAACAUAUAUUACCCAUCUUACCGCCUACGGCUUCGGCCACCCAAGUAACGACUGCACAUCACAUUGCGACGCCAGUCACGGUCCAAGCUAUACAGACUUCCUCCAUACAGGCGUCGCAGCACCAACAACAGGGGAUACAAUCGAGUUGCGGUCAACAGAUUCUCUUGAACGCGAACAAUCAAACUCAUCCAUCCCAGAAUAGUCCUGGCUCGCCCAAGGAUCAUUCCAACGCGCCUAGUCCUCAAGCCUUGAGCCUGAGUCCUCUUCACAGUCCGAUGAGUAUCGGUAGUCCUCUGUCGCCAACGCGAAAUUACGUUAAAGGAGAAUCGGAACGUGGACAGUACAAGGAACAGAGAAGGGUUGGCCAUAUCCAUGCGGAACAAAAGCGCAGAUACAAUAUUAAGAAUGGCUUCGACAUGCUUCACAGUUUAAUACCGCAGCUCAAUCAGAAUCCCAACGCAAAACUGAGUAAAGCUGCCAUGUUGCAAAAAGGAGCGGAUUAUAUCAAACAAUUGAGGGCGGAGAGGAAUCAGCUUAAAGAGGAGAUGGACAGUUUGAGACAUCAGAUCGAGUGCCUUAAUACUUCUAUUAGCAAUUGUCAAUCUAUGCUUCCUGCGACGGGUGCCCCAGUCUCGAGACACAGAACUAAUAAGAUGAAGGAGAUGUUCGACGAAUACGUGCGUACUCGUACUCGAGAAAAUUGGAAAUUUUGGAUCUUUAGCAUUUUGCUUGAACCUUUAAUGCUCUCCUUCAAUACUUCGGUAUCAACGGCGAGCAUCGAGGACCUCUACAGAAGUACAAUAUUAUGGGUCGAGCAGCAUUGCUCGCUCGUCGAUCUCAGGCCAGCCGUUCUCAACUCCCUGAGGUAUCUCUGUACCGCCACUGAUAUUUUGGCGGAUCCUGGUCGCCUACCCGAGGAAGCACUAGCGGCAGUUAAUCGAACGGAACGACGGCGAUCCAUACAGUGACGAUCGAGUUUAGACUGCAGAUCUCUUGGAAAAGCAAGCGCGCGAAAUAGCUCGUAGCCACGUAAAGAUCGAAAGUUACCUUACCCAGUAAGGCUUAGCCCUUGGUUCGCGAAGAACGAUCAAAAGGAUGCUCGUAUAUUUUUGAAAAAAAAAAAAAAAAAAAACUUUUCUAAGCGCAAUCCCUACAUUCAGGAUUUUUCAUAAAAUCCAUAUCGCAAAAAGAUAUAUCAUCAUUUGAUAUUAUCGAUCGAUCGCGAAAAAGAACGUACUCGUACGAACGAG